AUGUCCACCAAGACAAAAGGCUGCAGCGGCCACAGCUGGGGCUUCAUUGAGCCUGAUGUCCAGGAUCCGCCACUAUGCAUCAGCUUGUGUAGGGAGAGGUUUCUCAAGGAGCUGGUGCCAGGGGAUGAGACAAUUGAGCGUGUGUGCGAGGUUCUUCAAGACAGGGACUGGAUGGAAAAGGAGCAGCCGUUUCGGGCGCUGUAUUGUUGUGAUGCUCAGGCUUGUGGUGUGGAUAAUCUGGGCGAGGGUGGAAAAGAUCCGAAUGUGAAUUGGCUCAUCAAUACUUGUCAAGACCAUGGCUACCACUCUAUAAUAGACCCGGGCCCUCCACAGCCAUAUCACAUUUGUGACCCUGAAUCUCUCAACGACGACAAAGACUGUCAACAAGCAAGAGGAACAGACAAGUCACAGUAUGCAUCAUCUCAAACGACUUCAAGGGCUUCAGCAUCAGAGAGUACGCUACAAGCCACAACAAAGCCAGCAACAACAUUAGAAACAACUUCAGUUCCAAUACAAAGCUCAAUGCCAGAAACCACAUAUUCCACCACAUCAGACCCUUCAACACUCGCAACCUCCGACCCCUCAAGCAGCGACUCAAGCAAUACCAACAAAGGAAUGCCCUUGGGCGUUAAAGUCACAAUAGCUAUCAUCUCAGUAGUCGGUCUCCUCGCCAUCGCCGCCCUCAUAUCCUGCCUCCUUCGAAGACGUCGAUCUCGCAAGACCGAUAUUCGAAGACUCAUCAAGCAUCCCUCUUCACCUCCUCCUCGCGCAGACUCACCUACGCCUUUGGUUUCACCCACUAUUUCCCAUACAGAUCCUGAUGGUGUCCCACUCACACCGCCUGCACGACUUCGAGAGCGAAGAUUUCUAGCUAAUGAGCCGAAUGGGUUUCCUACGUCUCCGGUGUAUUCACCUACGAGCAGUAAACUCUCACCACGGCAUGAGAGGACACCGAGGAUUUAUAAUGCCAACCAAGUUCCCAUGAUAGUCAUGACGGCACCUGAUGGUGGAAAAGUCAGGGAUGAUGGGUCGCUAAGUUUCAGCGAUGGAAUUAUCACUCCUCCGCCCUCUGCUCAUAUAGCACCUCUUGGCUAUAAUACCCAAACUUCUCCACCAAGACCCCCAAGAUCUCGUGAUGCUUCAUUCAACAUGCUCGCUAGUCCUGGACCUCCACCCACGAGGGCACUUCCAUCGACGCCUCCUUAUCGACCGUCGACUCCAACAUCGCCACCUCGAAAAGGAACGAUGCCUCUCUGA